AUGGACUUUCCGAAUGUAAAAAAUUCCAGUCCUGAAAUUGACGCUGAAGACGAUUCUCAAGCAACUUGUCUGAUCCUCAGCGUUCUUGGCGGUCAUUUCGGAUUAGCUCAGUUAUUUAUUUCUAAAGGAGCUGAUGUUAAUCAUAAGAAACAAGGAGGACAUUCUUCUGUUCAAUAUGCUAAGGGCUACAAAAAUAUUUUGGAACUUUUAAUAAAGAACGGUGCUGAUGUGAAUGUUCUGGAUGAUCGGCAAGACUCUCCUUUGCAUCGUGCAGCAACUCUCGGUCGCACUGGAGUUGCUAAAAUUCUCAUAGAAAACGGUGCAAAAGUAAACGUACAAAAUCGUGAAGGCAACACACCAUUUCAUCUAGCAUUAGAAGACGAGCAGUCGGAAGUCGCUUUUCUUCUUUUUGAAAGUGGUGCCGAUCCGAAAAUCCUCAAUCGCGCUAAGCAAACAGCGAUUGAUCUUUGUAAACCAAACAUUAAAAAACAAAUGCGAGAUAAAUAUCCUGAUAUGUUGAGCGAAAAUUGA